AUGUAAAAAACACACAGUCAAAAAUAAUAACCUCGAAUCUUGACGAUUGAAUUACAAUAACAAUUUAUAAUUGAUACCUCCCAGUCCCAGCAUAUUUUUUAAAAUUUUGUGAAGUCAGUAGUGAUAAAUUUCUUAGAUUCUAUUGGCAUUUAUGAGUUCUAAUUUGUGAUAAUAUCUACAUGUUAUGUUUUCUGGACGAACUUCUUCAUGCCCAAUAAUCCUAAGUAUUAUUAGGCGAGCAAAAUCAAGUGAAAACAAGUGCCCUAGGUGCAUCCUAGUGCCAAAACAAAUAUGUUCAGAUAAACCAGCCUUUGCUAAAGUAUUUUGUAAUCAGAGGUUCUAUUCGAAUCACGACCGAGAAGUUCUGACAAAAAUGGCUGCCAGUGCAGAGGCCGAUGUCAGGUCACCGAAACACACGAAUCGUCUGGUUGAUUCUAAGUCGCCAUACUUGCUCCAGCAUGCACACAACCCAGUUGACUGGUACCCUUGGGGCGAAGAGGCAUUUGAGAAGGCCCAAAAGGAGGAUAAGCUGAUCUUCUUGUCUGUUGGUUAUUCAACGUGUCACUGGUGUCAUGUGAUGGAACGAGAAUCCUUUGAGAAUGAGGACAUAGCGAAGAUCAUGAACGAACAUUUCGUCAACAUCAAGGUUGAUAGGGAGGAGAGGCCUGAUGUGGAUAAGGUUUACAUGACUUUUGUACAGGCAUGUUCAGGCAGUGGUGGCUGGCCAAUGAGUGUGUUUCUCAAGCCAGACUUGAAGCCAGUAUCGGGAGGAACAUACUACCCUCCGGAAGACAAAUAUGGCCGACGGGGCUUCAAAAGCGAAUUAUUGAAGUGGGUGAAGGAGUGGAAGACCAACAAGGCGCAGUGGUCCAAGCUUGGAGACAGUGUUACUGAGGUGAUCCGAAAUGCAACUGUCUUUGAAGUGCCCAUGUCUGAAAAUCUUAUCUCAGGAGUGGUGCCAGGCGCAGAGUGUUGGCAGCUCUGUAUGGAGCAAUUGUCAGACCAUUACGAGCCAACAUAUGGAGGGUUUGGUCUUGCACCAAAAUUUCCACAACCGGGAAAUUUAGUGUUUUUGUUCCACGCUUACGCCCGCAACCCAACAGAUAAGAAGUGUUCCUCUCUGAAAGAUAUGGGACUUCACACCCUCAAAAUGAUGGCCAGGGGAGGAAUACAUGACCAUAUUGCACAGGGGUUUGCCAGAUACUCGACUGACAUGAAAUGGCAUGUCCCUCACUUUGAGAAGAUGUUGUAUGAUCAAGCCCAACUGGCCGUGGUGUACAGCACAGCUUACCUCAUCACCCAGGAUCCUCUCUAUCAAGAUGUUGUCAAAGACAUCCUCACAUAUGUUGGAAGAGACCUCAGCCAUAAGGAAGGAGGCUUCUAUAGUGCAGAAGAUGCGGACUCUCUGCCAACCACUAAAUGCAAGGAGAAGAGAGAGGGAGCAUUCUGUGUCUGGACGAACCAGGAGAUCUGUGAACUGCUGGACCGUUCCGUGGCGGCCAAUAGUUCCAUAAAGCUGGCACAGCUUUUCAGCUUCUACUACAAUGUUAAACCAAGUGGCAAUGUAGAUCCUUCACAGGUACAAGUCAUAAAAGACAAAUCAGUUUCACUACACCGCAUUGAUUCUAUUGACGAUUUAAAUUUACAAAUACUACAGCUUACUCGGGGAAAGGAGAAGGAUCCACACAAGGAGCUGAUCGGCCAGAAUGUUUUGAUGAUAGUGAAGAGUGAGGCACAAACCGCUGCUCAGUUUGGGCUGGAUGAAAGCACGGUUAGAUCAGAACUUGCUAUUGCUCGUCAGAUCUUGUAUGAUGAAAGGCAGAAAAGGCCCAGACCCCACCUUGACGACAAAAUACUAACUUCAUGGAACGGCCUGAUGAUAUCAGGAUAUGCGAAGGCAGGAGAAGCUCUACAUAAUGAGGAAUACAUCGAGAGAGCAGUCAGGGCUGCCAAGUUUGUCAAGAACUACUUGUACAACAGUGAUACCAACACACUUCUACGAAGCUGCUACACUGCAAAGGAUGGGAGUGUGGCUCAGAUCUCAAGUCCGAUUGAAGGAUUUCUGGAUGACUACGCCUUUCUGAUCCAAGGCCUCCUAGAUCUGUAUGAGAGCUGCCUGGACGCCCAGUGGUUGGAGUGGGCUGAACAGCUGCAGAAAAGACAAGACGAGCUGUUCUGGGACAUUGGCACUGCAGGAUAUUUCAGUACACCUCACCAGAGUGACCUAAUCCUUCGACUGAAAGAAGAUCAAGAUGGUGCUGAGCCUGGUGGGAACUCCGUAGCGUGUCAAAACCUGCUGCGACUGGGAGCCAUGUUGGAUAGGGCUGAGUACAGGGACAAGGCAUCAAAACUGUUGGCCUCUUUCACAUCUCGGCUGAAUAACGUCCCGAUAUCCUUGCCGCAGCUAACCUCUGCUCUCAUGCUGCACCAUGACUCCCCCACUCUGAUAACCAUAACUGGAAAAUCUGAUGACACAGAAACGGCUGCUCUCCUGCGUGUAGUCCGCUCACGCUACAUCCCUGGCCGCGUGCUGCUCCUUGCUGACAACAACACCAGCAGCAUUGUCUAUCGCAGCUCUGAGACUGUUCAGAGGAUGAAACCCUCCGAAGGACACCAGAGUGCUUACGUCUGUCGCCAUCGGACCUGCUCCCUCCCAGUUCACACUCCUCACGACCUGGCUGCUCUCUUGGACACUAGCAGUUCCUAGAGCAAUAUUGAACAGAAAAUAUUUCUAACGGACAUCUGGUGUUUUCUUUGCAAAAGUUAAGGAUAUUAUUGCAAUAGUAGCUUUAAACUCAACUAGAGUGCUUAGUGAUUGAUUUUGUCUCUAGUCUAUUGAUUUUUUCUUACAACAACAAAUCUAUAACAUUUUUUCAAAAUAAGGUCUACUUUCUUUUAAAUAAGGGAAAUAUAUUUAAGAAUAUAGUAAGGAUCAUUACAUUUUUACUUAUUAUAGUUUAAUCAAUGAAAUAUAUAUAAAUAUUACUUCAUAGAUUUGCUUCAUAAUAUGAAAUUUGUGAUAAUGGUUUCUUGUUGUAAUAAAGUAUAUAUUAAUAUUAAACCAGUAAAGGUAAAUAAAAUGAUCUAAGAUAAAAGAUUGUAAAUAUUAUGUUGUGCAGUAAUGUACAUUAAUUAAUAAUUCACCGAGAAUAAAAUUGUACAUAAUUUCAGUUAUAUUCUGUAAAAACCUGUAAAUUGUUAAUCAAGUUCUGAUUUUUGUUCAUCAACCUUUUUUGAAAUAUAUUAUAAAUUAUAUUUAAUAAACUUAAGUAGCCUUUAAACAUUAUUUUUAUUAUAAAUAGUUUGGGAUUGAGUCCAUGACCACAAUAAUAUGUACAAACUUCACUCUGAAAGUUUUAGAUAUAUUAUGUAGAGUUUUUGUGCUAAACUUACCAAACAUUAGGUGUGUUGAAAGUAAUCCACUUCAUCAUCAGUGUACUUUUGAAGUGGGAUUUUCCACAAGCGUCACACAAUUUUUGGAUUGUAUUGAAAAGAUUUAUGAAUAUCCUCAUUAAUUUCGGCUUCAAAAGAAAAGCAACAACUGUGCAAAUGUGUAUUCAGAAUUAUUAGAAGUUUCACAUAGUGAGACCAGGUUAACAAGGGGGUGGGGCUUAUUUGUCAAUUUGUGAAGUUCCCAUCAAAAAACAAAUUUCCUGACUUAAAAGUCAUGCAAAACUAUUUGCACUGUUGCGGAUUCUGGAAAGCUUCAAUCAUUAAAUAAUUGCAGUGUCUGUCCUCUUGGAUCACAGUGUGCACCCAAUGAACGUUGCCGUUAGUGACAUCCUGGACUUUUGUCAUCUUGAAACAAAUUACUGACCCUGUAGAAAUUAUGAAUACCACCCAAAAAACAGCACAGGAUGGUGUUUCAGAACCAAAAGUAAUUUUGUGAUGUUGGAUGCACUUCUAUUAAAACUAGCCAUCUUUACAAUCGAAGAAAAUCAUAGUCCUAAAAUUUUCUCUCAAUGAACUCCAUGACUUAAUGAAAUUGAUCAUUCCCAACAAAUGACAAAAGAACACUACUGAACUCAAGUUGCUGUCAGGUACUGACUUGUGUGUGGCCUAUCUGAGAAGAAUGAUAAAAUGAUUGCAGAAUGCACUAUCUGCUGGUAUCUCACAACUUUCAGAGUGAUCCUAGUAUUUAAAUAAUUGAACAUGCACCUGUGCACAAAAAAGUGUUUCCUUUACCAAACAAUAUAUUACACUUUUUUCUUUUCCGUAUUAAUGUUAGCUGAAGUGUCAAAAACAAUCAAAUAUGCUAGCAAAGGUUUCUAAGCCUACUAUGUAAAUUGGAUAUCUAAAGUUAGGAGUACAGAAAUUGACAAACAUAAUAAUAAACACUACUCAGAUAUUAAUUGUUAAAAUUACUAAUCACAACAGAGAAAUUACGUGUAUAUCUAUCACUGAAAACCAAACAUCAGACUUUUUAAAAUGUUUAUUCAGACGUAUUCAGAGAUGAAAUAGUGUUAAUAGAUCCAAGUAAUGUAGAUACAUGAAUAGUAGAGACUUACCUAAGUUUAAGGCUCUUGAGAAGUACAUUGUUUGGGGUUUACCUGUCCAAGUUAUAAGUAUUGAGUAGGUAAAUUACUUGUAAAGUAAAGUACUUGUUAAACUGUUAAAUAGCCUUUUAAAUUUGAAGUUAUGAACAUCCAUUCUUACCCUUGGUUCCUCUUCAAUUCUUCUCAGAUGGUUUAGCAUAAUUUGUAAGGUUUUCUUUAUUCUCUGAGUAGAAAUACCCAGUGGGCUUGUUACUUCAAUUGAAGGAUGGUUGACAUGGCAAGGCAAUAUUUGACAACUUUACAUGUGACAAAAGCUAUUAUUCAUAGUAAGUCCUUUGACCAGCCCAGCUAAAUGUUAUUUAAAGACCUGUCAUAGUAGUGAAAUAGAAAUCCUAGCUAGAUUGUUGUGGGAAUAUCUUGUAGCAAGUACAACAGUGAAGUCAUCUAACUUUCACAAAAUUUCCCUUUCCUAUUGAAAUAUUUCUAUCUUUCUCAGUUGAUGACAAUGCUCAUUGUCAGUAGCUAUUCAAAGACAUACUUUGGAAAGGUACUUACUUACAUCUAUACUUCAUACAUUUACAUUUUUAGAACUGGUGGGAAUCUGAGUCAGCUAAUCAGAGCCUGCUAAAUCUCAGGUCAUAAUCAACCAAGGUCAUAAUCAAGUUCUAUUAACCCAGUCAUUUUGGUAUUACUAAAUAACUAAAUUAACAUUUUUAUAGCGAUAAGAAAGAUAUUAUUAAAAAGUAGAAAAUUAUUGUGUUAAUUAAAACCCAUAAUGUGGUGAUACCAUGACAUCGUUGGUACUAGCAGUGUAAUGUGGGUACAAUGCCAUCAUGGCGUAACCAGGAUGUGUUAAACACUGGAAGAUAAGUGAUUUAUUAGAUUAUAACCAAUAUUGUGGUUUAUCAAUGUUUCAGCAAAAUAUUGUGAAAUAGACACAAUAGUUAAAAAUAAAAGUAUGUUAUUCAACUUUAAAAUGGUUCCAAAUGAAAAUUAAGUAUCUACUUUGCAGCCACUUAACAUGGAUAAUUAUUUGCUAAAAGUUAUACGUUUUUGUUUUGUUAUAUUUGCUUUUGCGUAUUUAUAAAAGAAAUUUCAGCAUCCUUGUAUAUUGGAUAACCAAACCUUAAUUAUCACAACUUUUUCAUAAUAUACCUACAAAUUAAUUUUUUAAGCACAUUUUUAGAAGAAAUAAUAAAAAUAUUGAUAUUUUGCUCGAGUGUUAUGUGUGUUUAGUCUCUUGUUCAAACGUAAUAAGGACGGCAAGAAAACUUCCAGUUUAAGCCCCCCUAGGUUUUAACACACACACAACUAAACUACUACUCACAGCACAUACCUAGUCACUGGCAUAAUUUACUCAGAAUCUUGAUGGGUUUAGUUUAUGGAUUUGUCACAUAAUAUCUCUGUUCGGUGGUUUUUAGUUGGAAUAACCUUUUUGAAUUAAAAAAAAAUUGGUAACAGCCUUUUAAAGCAUCCUUUGUUAAUUUCUGAAAACAUGAAAAUUAAACCUUUUAUUUUGUCACAAGGAGUGGUGGGAAUUUUGGGAUAUCUUGUAAGCAAAACUGUUAAAGAUAAUUGUAUCAACAUCUUACAGAAUGUUCAUGAAAGAUGGAGGAAAUUACAUUUUAUUUAUUAAAAAAACAUUUUCUCUAGAAUAAAUUUACUAAUAAUAAUUUAGUUUUAUUGAAUGGUUUUAAUUAAAAAUACAAUUUCCUUAAGCCAAAUGAAUAAAAACAAUAUUCCUCCCUGAAACUAUAACUCAUGUGUAAAUAUUUUAAGAAUUUCAUACUUUUUUAAUUAGCUGUUUUUAUUUAGGCUUGUUUACAAAAUGUCCUAAAUUUCUUACUUUAAAUGCAUUUAAUUCCUUGUGGAGUGAUCAAAAUCAAUUAUUUCUCCUUUUUCUGUCUUGAAGGAAGUUAUCUUAAAAGGCUGUUUAUUUAACAUUAAACAAAUAUUCUUCCAGACUCAACUCUAAAAUGUCAACAGUACGGAUUUUUGGCACUUAGACUAUUGAUGCUUUACCAUAAAUGAAAUAGACCUAGUUUUUCUCAGGGAAUUAAAAACAAUAAUAAGUGGCCAUCUUUGGUAAUUGUUAAUUGUAGAUUUUUGUGUAUUAUUCUCUUUGAGUGAUUUAAUACGGCUUUUCUUGUAAUAAUAACUGGUGAUGAUGGUUGUAGUAAUGUGAAUUUAGAGAUAAGUUUUAGAUUAUGAGUCAGUUUCAGGUCACUUAUCUCAAAUGAUAAUGAGAAAUAUUUUGGAAGCGGUAGAGAAGUAAGUUACAUUUACGGUGGUGGAGUGAUGAUUACUUAUUAAUAAACAAAAAAUGAAUAGAUCUAUACUAAUUAAAAUUGAAUAAAUAAAACUCCAUUUAUAUUAUAGGAGGCUGAAGAAAAGUGUAGGCUUCUUUCUUUUAGAUGUGCUUGUAAAUUAGUUGUGACUUACAUUACUCUACUAGAAUUUGUUUCACCAAUAAUAUAUUUGUUCAUAAUAUUUAGAAUGCAAAGCUACAUGUGGUUGAAAAUUGUACAACAUUAAACUUAUGAAAUUAUACAUAAAUGUAUUAACUUAAGGCAAUAACUGAAUAUCUUAUUGGGUGUAAUGAAAUAUUUACGAUUUUAUUAUAGAAAAGUGCUAAAAUAGACAAUAACUUAAAUUAUAGUAUGUGUAUUAUAUUUUUCAGCUUUACUAUUGUUCAGAGCUCUUAAUAUAAUAGUUUUUACUUUAGAGUUUUUUUUACAUAAUUGUUAUAUAAUCUAAUAAUUGUUUUAUUAUUAACAUUGAGAAUUGAGUUGUUAAGUAAAUAAUUUACCUUAUGUUUUAGCUCUAUAGUGUUUGUAAUAAUAUUUAUUUAUUGGAUUUCAAUUAAUUAGUAUUCAAUACGCUUUUACACUUGUAUUAUGCUCAUAUAUUGAAUUUUGUUUAAUUUUAAUGUGAUUGUUUUUUUGUUAUUUAUUGUUUUCUUUGUAGGAAUGUACAAUUCAAAAUACAUUUUUAGAAUUGCUGUUAAGAGGAGAUGGACAGGGUAAAAAUGUGAUAAUGAAUUCGAAGGUUGUACUUUUUAUUGAUAUUUUGUUAUCAUUAAAUGCAUGAAAUGUUUGAUUAGGUUGGUUUCCAAUUUCCUAUAACAGAUCUUUUGGUGUAUUAGGUAAUAAAAAUUUUUCAAAAGCUAAAAUACAUCAUGGUCAGAAAUAGUUUAAGGUUUUAAUACUGAUAUUUGUUCUAUAAAGAGUGAGGUUGACCAUCUGAACAGACCACCUACCCACACUGAGAAACCUACCUUCCUCAUUUUGAAUGUUGUGAAAAUUAGUAUUUUUGGCAUGAUUUCUCAACCAUACAAGAUAAAACCAAACUUAAUUACAAACAAUUUUAGGUGUUCAGAGAGCUAUUGAUAGGUUUAAUGAAAGUCAACCUUACAGUUUCAAUCUUUUUCGAUUUUACGAGCUUUAAAUAUCCCACAUUUAAACUAUUAAUAAAAAUUGGAAAAAUGCUGAAAAGUGAUAUCCGUAACAUAUUUUAGAAAGAGUAAUAAAUUCUUUAGUAACCUUGGAUAAAAAUUUGGAUUUGCUUAAGUUUUUAACAAAGUAACAGUAACAAAAAAAAAACUGAAACUGGACAACUUUAACAUUUUGGUCCACUCUGUAUACAAGAAGCUAAACGAUUUAAAAUAUUUUAAAAACUGAUCAGUAAAUAGAGAUAUUUAAAAUGAGGCUCAACCUAUCUUUAUAUUUGAAAAUCUUUUAAAAGUUACCCGUAUCUCCCAAAAUUGGGUGUUGCAUUUGUUUUCCCGAAUUUUUUGGCGUCGAAAUAUGGGAGUUUUACUUAAAAUAAAAAAGGUAGGUUUCUCGGUUCAGCCGCUAUUCAUCACAGACAGAUGGUUUGCCUCAAAAAUAUUAAAGUGUUAAUUCUAAUGAAGGCUAAAUUGUUAAAGGUGUUUUAGGUUGCUGUUUUGUAUAUUUGAAUUUGAUUGCUUCAGUGAGUACUGUUCAUGUUAAUAUGUAGUACUUCUAAAAAUAAAAUCAUUGUAGUUUAAAUGUACAAAAAAUUGUAAUGUUGAAAUUUUUGUUGGCUAUAUUUUUGUAACAUCGUUGAUAGUGAAUUGUGCUGUGAUAGAAUGUAUAUUGUUUGUUUAGUUUGCUUGUAAAUAGAGUGACAGCAUUCAGUUGAUUCUAGGUCAAACUGUUCAGUACCAUUGUGUAUAAUGUUGAGCUGUUUCUUUUGUAAUAACACAUUAUGGAAUAAAUAAAUGGUUGAACAAUUGAA